AUGCCUCACAUUCCGCUGACACCUCGAGAGGCACGCGGAGUUCAUUGCUUGAAAAGGCUCAAGACGUAUGCCAACUUUCUGGAAGCACCUCAGGAGGAGGCUUCUCUCAGCAAUAGGAUCAAGACGUAUGCCAACUUUCCGGAAGCACCUCAGGAGGAGGCUUCUCUCAGCAAUAGGCUCAAGACGUAUGCCAACUUUCCGGAAGAACCUCAGGAGGAGGCUUCUCUCAACAAUAGGAUCAAGACGUAUGCCAACUUUCCGGAAGCACCUCAGGAGGAGGCUUCUCUCAGCAAAAGGCUCAAGACGUAUGCCAACUUUCCGGAAGCACCUCAGGAGGAGGCUUCUCUCAGCAAUAGGCUCCAGACGUAUGCCAACUUUCCGGAAGCACCUCAGGAGGAGGCUUCUCUCAGCAAUAGGCUCAAGACGUAUGCCAACUUUCCAGAAGCACCUCAGGAGGAGGCUUCUCUCAGCAAUAGGCUCAAGACGUAUGCCAACUUUCCGGAAGCACCUCAGGAGGAGGCUUCUCUCAGCAAUAGGAUCAAGACGUAUGCCAACUUUCCGGAAGCACCUCAGGAGGAGGCUGCUCUCAGCAAUAGGCUCCAGACGUAUGCCAACUUUCCGGAAGCACCUCAGGAGGAGGCUUCUCUCAGCAAUAGGCUCAAGACGUAUGCCAACUUUCCAGAAGCACCUCAGGAGGAGGCUUCUCUCAGCAAUAGGAUCAAGACGUAUGCCAACUUUCCGGAAGCACCUCAGGAGGAGGCUGCUCUCAGCAAUAAGCUCAAGACGUAUGCCAACUUUCCGGAAGCACCUCAGGAGGAGGCUUCUCUCAGCAAUAGGCUCAAGACGUAUGCCAACUUUCCAGAAGCACCUCAGGAGGAGGCUUCUCUCAGCAAUAGGAUCAAGACGUAUGCCAACUUUCCGGAAGCACCUCAGGAGGAGGCUGCUCUCAGCAAUAGGCUCAAGACGUAUGCCAACUUUCCGGAAGCACCUCAGGAGGAGGCUUCUGUCAGCAAUAGGCUCAAGACGUAUGCCAACUUUCCAGAAGCACCUCAGGAGGAGGCUUCUCUCAGCAAUAGGAUGAAGACGUAUGCCAACUUUCCGGAAGCACGUCAGGAGGAGGCUUCUCUCAGCAAUAGGCUCAAGACGUAUGCCAACUUUCCAGAAGCACCUCAGGAGGAGGCUUCUCUCAGCAAUAGGCUCAAGACGUAUGCCAACUUUCCGGAAGCACCUCAGGAGGAGGCUUCUCUCAGCAAUAGGCUCAAGACGUAUGCCAACUUUCCGGAAGCACCUCAGGAGGAGGCUUCUCUCAGCAAUAGGCUCAAGACGUAUGCCAACUUUCCGGAAGAACCUCAGGAGGAGGCUUCUCUCAGCAAUAGGAUCAAGACGUAUGCCAACUUUCCGGAAGCACCUCAGGAGGAGGCUUCUCUCAGCAAUAGGCUCAAGACGUAUGCCAACUUUCCGGAAGCACCUCAGGAGGAGGCUUCUCUCAGCAAUAGGCUCAAGACGUAUGCCAACUUUCCAGAAGCACCUCAGGAGGAGGCUUCUCUCAGCAAUAGGAUCAAGACGUAUGCCAACUUUCCGGAAGCACCUCAGGAGGAGGCUUCUCUCAGCAAUAGGCUCAAGACGUAUGCCAACUUUCCAGAAGCACCUCAGGAGGAGGAUUCUCUCAGCAAUAGCAUCAAGACGUAUGUCAACUAUCCGGAAGCACCUCAGGAGGAGGCUGCUCUCAGCAAUAGGAUCAAGACGUAUGCCAACUUUCCGGAAGCACCUCAGGAGGAGGCUUCUCUCAGCAAUAGGCUCAAGACGUAUGCCAACUUUCUGGAAGCACCUCAGGAGGAGGCUUCUCUCAGCAAUAGGAUCAAGACGUAUGCCAACUUUCCGGAAGCACCUCAGGAGGAGGCUUCUCUCAGCAAUAGGCUCAAGACGUAUGCCAACUUUCCGGAAGCACGUCAGGAGGAGGCUUCUCUCAGCAAUAGGCUCAAGACGUAUGCCAACUUUCCGGAAGCACCUCAGGAGGAGGCUUCUCUCAGCAAUAGGAUCAAGACGUAUGCCAACUUUCCGGAAGCACCUCAGGAGGAGGCUUCUCUCAGCAAUAGGCUCAAGACGUAUGCCAACUUUCCGGAAGCACCUCAGGAGGAGGCUUCUCUCAGCAAUAGGAUCAAGACGUAUGCCAACUUUCCGGAAGCACCUCAGGAGGAGGCUUCUCUCAGCAAUAGGAUCAAGACGUAUGCCAACUUUCCGGAAGCACCUCAGGAGGAGGCUUCUCUCAGCAAUAGGCUCAAGACGUAUGCCAACUUUCCGGAAGCACCUCAGGAGGAGGCUUCUGUCAGCAAUAGGCUCAAGACGUAUGCCAACUUUCCGGAAGCACCUCAGGAGGAGGCUUCUCUCAGCAAUAGGCUCAAGACGUAUGCCAACUUUCCGGAAGCACCUCAGGAGGAGGCUUCUCUCAGCAAUAGGCUCAAGACGUAUGUCAACUUUCCAGAAGCACCUCAGGAGGAGGCUUCUCUCAGCAAUAGGAUCAAGACGUAUGCCAACUUUCCGGAAGCACCUCAGGAGGAGGCUGCUCUCAGCAAUAGGCUCCAGACGUAUGCCAACUUUCCGGAAGCACCUCAGGAGGAGGCUUCUGUCAGCAAUAGGCUCAAGACGUAUGCCAACUUUCCAGAAGCACCUCAGGAGGAGGCUUUUCUCAGCAAUAGGAUCAAGACGUAUGCCAACUUUCCGGAAGCACCUCAGGAGGAGGCUGCUCUCAGCAAUAGGCUCAAGACGUAUGCCAACUUUCCGGAAGCACCUCAGGAGGAGGCUUCUCUCAGCAAUAGGCUCAAGACGUAUGCCAACUUUCCAGAAGCACCUCAGGAGGAGGCUUCUGUCAGCAAUAGGAUCAAGACGUAUGCCAACUUUCCGGAAGCACCUCAGGAGGAGGCUGCUCUCAGCAAUAGGCUCAAGACGUAUGCCAACUUUCCGGAAGCACCUCAGGAGGAGGCUUCUCUCAGCAAUAGGCUCCAGACGUAUGCCAACUUUCCGGAAGCACCUCAGGAGGAGGCUUCUCUCAGCAAUAGGCUCAAGACGUAUGCCAAGUUUCUGGAAGCACCUCAGGAGGAGGCUUCUCUCAGCAAUAGGCUCAAGACGUAUGCCAAGUUUCUGGAAGCACCUCAGGAGGAGGCUUCUCUCAGCAAUAGGAUCAAGACGUAUGCCAACUUUCCGGAAGCACCUCAGGAGGAGGCUUCUCUCAGCAAUAGGCUCAAGACGUAUGCCAACUUUCCGGAAGCACCUCAGGAGGAGGCUUCUCUCAGCAAUAGGUUCAAGACGUAUGCCAACUUUCCGGAAGCACUUCAGGAGGAGGCUUCUCUCAGCAAUAGGAUCAAGACGUAUGCCAACUUUCCGGAAGCACGUCAGGAGGAGGCUUCUCUCAGCAAUAGGCUCAAGACGUAUGCCAACUUUCCGGAAGCACCUCAGGAGGAAGCUUCUCUCAGCAAUAGGAUCAAGACGUAUGCCAACUUUCCGGAAGCACCUCAGGAGGAGGCUUCUCUCAGCAAUAGGCUCAAGACGUAUGCCAACUUUCCAGAAGCACGUCAGGAGGAGGCUUCUCUCAGCAAUAGGCUCAAGACGUAUGCCAACUUUCCAGAAGCACCUCAGGAGGAGGCUUCUCUCAGCAAUAGGAUCAAGACGUAUGCCAACUUUCCGGAAGCACGUCAGGAGGAGGCUUCUCUCAGCAAUAGGCUCAAGACGUAUGCCAACUUUCCGGAAGCACCUCAGGAGGAAGCUUCUCUCAGCAAUAGGAUCAAGACGUAUGCCAACUUUCCGGAAGCACCUCAGGAGGAGGCUUCUCUCAGCAAUAGGCUCAAGACGUAUGCCAACUUUCCAGAAGCACCUCAGGAGGAGGCUUCUCUCAGCAAUAGGCUCAAGACGUAUGCCAACUUUCCGGAAGCACCUCAGGAGGAGGCUUCUCUCAGCAAUAGGCUCAAGACGUAUGCCAACUUUCCAGAAGCACCUCAGGAGGAGGCUUCUCUCAGCAAUAGGCUCAAGACGUAUGCCAACUUUCCGGAAGCACCUCAGGAGGAGGCUUCUCUCAGCAAUAGGCUCAAGACGUAUGCCAACUUUCCAGAAGCACCUCAGGAGGAGGCUUCUCUCAGCAAUAGGAUCAAGACGUAUGCCAACUUUCCAGAAGCACCUCAGGAGGAGGCUUCUCUCAGCAAUAGAGCCAUUCCAAGUUCCCUUCAACACGACCGGUGGCUCGACUUCCUUCAGGCAACUCCAGAGAUGCCCCGAGAACACUGUCCCAAGACUAGAGGAACACCAACUUCAGCACAGCAACUCGAGGAAUGCUCCGUGUACCCCAAAUCGUCUCGAGAUGAGAGCUGA